UCUGGGGGAAGGUUGGCGCCGACCGCCAACUCAGCAGAAAAAACGCUGCCGGGUGGAUCCCGCAAACUAUAAAUAUCAGCUCCGUCCGCUGUAUCCGCGCAUCAAAGAGGAUCCACCGCCGGGCUGCCUUCCGCCGCCGGGCUGCCUUCAGCCGCCGGGCUGCCUUCCGCCGCCGGGCUGCCUUCCGCCGCCGGGCUGCCUUCCGCCGCCUUUGUUCGCUUCUUCAUUCUCUACCCCUUCCCCACUUCGCAUUUACCGCGUCGCUAAACCCUUCCUCUCUGCCCCACUUUUUCCCACCCAAAACCAAAAACCGCCUCCUUUUUUUAUCUCCUUUUAUUCUCGCCUCUUCCUCUGAAAACUACGUGCUGCCAGCGAUCCGCCCGCCUACCUCUGCCCACCAUCCCUUCAACACCAGCCAAAACCCUUGGAAAGAUCUCUCCUUGGCUUCUUGAUCCGCAUGACGCAUCCUUGGCCGGUCUGAGGGGGGUGCAGACUGGGAGCGGGGGAGAGCGAUGGCUGUGAAGGCGAUGGGGACGUGGGUUGGGGGGUUCUGCCGGACAGGGCGGGGAGAUCUUGGAAGUAGGAGGUCUGAUGCCGUUGCGGCAGCGGGUCCGAAUUGGAGGUUGGAGGUGUCGAGAGCCGAAGGGAGGUCGGAAUGCGCGGGAGUCUGCGCGAAGCCUGUGGAGGGCGUGAAGCCUGUGGAGGAUGUGAAGCCUGUCGAAGAUGAGGACUUGUCAUCAGCGCCUCCUUCAUCAGAGGUCAAUGAAGGGGCGGGGAAUAGGGGUGCAGAGCAGCAGCCCAGGAAGUUGAACAGGGAUCUCCCAAAACCAUUAUCUUUAACUGAUCUAACUGUUUCUAGCCAUGGAUCUAAUGUGCGUGUAGCAUAUCAGGGUUCUCCGGGUGCAUUCAGUGAGGCAGCUGCCCUCAAAGCAUACCCACAGUGUGUAGCUGUGCCCUGUGAACAGUUUGAAGUUGCAUUCAAGGCUGUUGAACUUUGGCUAGUUGAUAAAGCAGUUCUUCCAAUUGAGAAUUCUGUAGGCGGAAGUAUUCAUAGGAACUAUGACUUGCUUCUCUGCCACAGGCUGCACAUUGUGGGUGAGGUGCAAAUGGCUGUUAAUCACUGCCUUAUGGCUCUGCCAGGCGUGAAAAAGGAGGAGCUAAAACGUGUUUUAAGCCACCCACAGGCGCUUGCUCAGUGUGAGAUUGCAUUGGGCAAGUUAGGUGUUAUUCGAGAAAGCAUUGAUGAUACUGCUCUCGCUGCUCAGCUUGUAGCCUCAAAUGGUCUAAAGGAUGCUGGAGCAAUUGCAAGUGCCCGAGCUGCAGAAAUAUAUGGGCUUAGGAUAGUUGAAGAAAUGAUUCAGGAUACCUCCGACAACAUUACUCGUUUUCUUAUUUUGGCCAGGGAGCCUAUAAUUCCAAGAACAGAUAGGCCCUUUAAGACAAGUGUUGUCUUCACUCUUGAAGAAGGUCCUGGAGUAUUAUUUAAAGCCUUGGCGGUCUUUGCACUAAGGAGUAUUAAUCUGACAAAGAUUGAAAGCAGGCCCCAAAGAAAGCGACCUUUAAGGGUGGUUGACGAUUCAAAUUAUGGUACUGCAAAGUACUUUGAUUAUCUUUUCUACAUUGAUUUUGAAGCAUCAAUGGCCGAGCCCCGUGCACAAAAUGCCUUGUCUCACCUGCAGGAAUUUGCAACAUUCCUUCGAGUUCUCGGCUGUUAUCCGAUGGACACAUCUCUGUAAACAUCUGGAGACUACUUUGUGGACAUAUGCCCUCUCUAUAUCGCUGUGUUGGGCCCAGACAAAGUCAAUCCGUACCCAAAUUCUUUACUGCUAGGCUUUACCCUAGAGGUUGAGCAAGGGGACUCUAGUAGCAGCUAUGAACCGCGCAAGAGCAUCCGACUGCAACAUCUUUCCUCUUUCUGAGUUCAGCUCGAGAUUUUGUGAGCGGAUCAUUCAGCUUCAUCAACACUUGUAUAAUUAUUUUUGAAACUUACUAUACCUCCUUGAUGCAGCAACCCCCCUCGAGAAGACUAAGCAGCUGAUUGGCCAAUCAUUGGCUUGAACUUGUUCACAGGACUGCUGAGAUACUUCUCAAAUUUAUCAUCUUUUUCGCUUUCCAUUCAUUUACCUUCAAUCAUAGGUAUUAUGAAAACUUAAAGAGACACUUAUAAAUGUGCUAUGACACAAGUUUCAUUAAUUUAUUAUUCUUGAACCUGCAUAUUGAAAUUC